AUGGGAGGUUUUGAGUUUUGGACGUAUGAAAAAGAAGAAAAGGAACAUUUGCUUCAUGAUGUACAUUUUUGGAUCGGUAAAUAUAGCACAUCUGAUGAAUAUGUGACUGCUGCAUACAAAACAGUAGAAUUAGACACAUAUUUAGAUGAUAUCCCAAUUCAGUACAGGGAAGUUCAAGGCCAUGAAUCAAAACUUUUCAGAUCUUACUUUGAUACAAUUACAUAUUUACAUGGUGGUGCAGAAAGUGGUUUCAACCAUGUCAAAGAAGAUGAAUACAAACCAAGAUUAUUUCAUUUCCAUGGAGACAAAUAUGGAGUAGCAGUAAAAGAGGUUUCAAGAAAAAGAAGCAACAUAGAUUCUACAGAUGUGUUCAUUCUCGACAUGGGCGCUAAAAUAUUUCUUUGGUAUGGUAAAGGUUGCAACAAGGACGAAAAAAUUAAGGGUUUGCAGUAUGUUAAUUUAUUAAAAGAUGAGAGAAGUGGGAAGAGGACUGAAACAGAAAUUCUGGAAGAAUUAACAACACGAAACACGCACAAAUUUUACAAAGCGUUAGAUCAGGAAGACGAAGACGACUUUGAAAGCAGUUCAGACUUUGUGUCAGCAAAAACAGAAAAAGAACUAUAUAGGUUGUCUGAUGCAUCCGGACAAAUGACAAUGUCUUUAGAAAAGACAGGUCAUGUGCAACAGAAUGACUUAAAGUCAGAUGAUGUAUUUAUUUUGGAUACACAGGAAGAAUUAUUCGUUUGGAUUGGAAAUUCUACAACAUAUGCUGAGCGUAAAAAUGCUAUAACCUAUGCGCACAACUACUUGAAGAACACCGAUCACCCAUUAGUUCCUGUAAGCUGUCUUACUGAAGGGAAAACAACCGAGGCUUUCCAAACUACAAUAGCCGCUUAGAUAACAGUAGAUAGAUACUUUACUUUAGAUACUUUAUUCUCUAAAAACUAAACACAAGUUUACAGAGAAAGUAUAAUAUAAAUACAAAUACAAUAGUUGAUAAACGGAUGCAGUACGAUAAUGUAAAAUGAAGUGCAACUUUAUGAUGACAUACAUGUAUAAUAAACGGUUAAACUAAAUAUGAAGAAAUCAGUCUGGGGCUUUACGUUUACGUGGAGGGACUAAACUUUUUAUUAAUACACGUAAUGAGUGAACACAGUUUUCUAAAAAAUGAUUGUUUUUUAUAAUUAAACAGUGAGGAAAUUAACAUUAUAUUUAGACUGUGUGAAAAUUUACUUGGAAGAAAUAUUUUUCGUUCGAUCUGCAAUUGAAAACAGCAAAAGAAAUAAUGAAAUUCAUCACCUGUAUAGCCGGAAUUACAUAAAUUUAAUUUCCUUUUACUAUGGUCAAUGUUUUGCCAUCUCCCUUUUUCUUUAGGCAACGCAUGGGUACCAGCCCUAAAUCUACAUAAAAUACAAAAAAAGUUUGUCAUCUAUACAUUUUAGGGAAUUUCUGUUUGUAUUGGUCAAUAAGCCUCAUUGUGAUGCUCUUAAUCAGCCAUUUUGAGAAAUGUCCAUUUUGUAGUUGAAAAAUAUUUGAAAAUCCACACGUUUAGAAUAUCUUGAACAUUCAUGGUCCAUUUAAUAUUUUCAUUUUUACAGUGUGUUGAUAGAGCGCAAUCGUGUAAAUCAUUGACGACAGUAUGUUUUCGUCUGAACAUAGUUUGCACCAAAACUAUAAUAUUCUACAUUUAAUACUGAUUUCAAGUGGGUAUCUGCCCGUUUCACCAUACACAAUAGUGUAGGUUGAUGACUUUUGAAGGUGCAAUAUAUGUUUCAAAACUUUCAGGUGAACCUGGCCGAUGAUAUCAUUCUUUUCAUUUCCUCAAACUUCAUAUCCGGACAGUAAGAUCGGUUUUACUACUUUUUUUUUAAUAACUCCAUACAUGGCUUUCGUUGCUUUUUUCGGCUAUUUUUUUCUUUGAUUAAGUAAAGGAGGGACGAAAGAUACCAGAGGGACAGUCAAACUCAUAGAUCGAAAACAAACUGACAACGCCAUGGCCAAAAAUAAAAAGACAAACAGACAAAUAAUAGUACAGAUGACACAACAUAGAAAACUAAAGACUAAGCAACACGAACCCCACCAAAAACUGGGGGUGAUCUCAGGUGCUCCGGAAGGGUAAGCAGAUCCUGCUCCACAUGUGACACCCGUCGUGUUGCAAUAUGUUAUUACAAAUUAAAAGUUCCUGUCCUGGCAUGAAUUAUUUCCAAAUAAUUUAACUCCUUAACAAUUUCUAGGUUUAUUCCAUUAUAUAAGAAAUGUACGUUGUUAGGGUGUCUCCCCUAUGAAAAGAUCAUCACUUUUGCUUUUGCCACAUUCACUUUUAGUUUCCAAAUAUCACAGUAUUCGCUGAAGAUAUUUAAUUGUUUUUGAAUAUCAUCUUUUCUCUCUGACAUAAUAAUGGUAUCAUCGUCAUAAAGAAGUAUAAACAAUUUUAGGUACAUGCCGAGACAAUUUUUAAAACUUUCGGAUAUGAAUGAUAAGCGAGUUAUAUUUUUACUUAGAAGGUAAUCCGUUAAAUCAUUAAUAUAUAGUGAAAAUAAUAAUGGUGAUAGGUUUUCACCCUGUCUAAUGCCAGUAUUGCAAGAGAAAAAAAUGAAGAUUCAUUGUUAUAUGUUAUCCGUGUGUUGAUGUCAUUAUACAUAUUAACAAUAACGUUAUGCAUUUGGCCUGUGAUGUACUUUAGAUUUAGUUUAUACCAGAGCCCAUUUCUCCAAACAGUAUCAAAUGCUUUCGCAAAGUCUAUGAAAACGCAGAAGAGUUUCUUUUUACGUUUUUUCAACAUUUCAAAAAGACAAUGUAAAAUAAAUAUCUUAUCAGUAAUGGAAUAAUUUUUCCUAAAUCCACUCUGCUUAUUAUGAAGAAGAGAAAAAGAUUCAACAAAGGUUGACAGUUUUUCGUUUAAGACAAGACGUGAAUAAUUUCCCAAAACAACUGAAAAUUGGAAUUGGUCUAA